AUGGAUCCUUUAAGUCAAACGAUAUAUGUGGUUCGCGGCAAGCAUCAUCCCAGUCUUUUCAUGCGCAAAUGUUGGACUGGGCCCGCUGUUUGGAUCAACUCGUUCAAGCCCGAACUCCCAACCGAUCGGAUACAAUUUCAGUGGCAGAACAAAUGGCGUCCAGUCGAUAGUCGGAUUCUGCCAUUCAAUACGGUUCAAGAGGCUGCAACUGUUGUGCAUUCCUCCUCCACACUUGCGCCACCUAAAUUGUCCGACGGGGAACACCUGUCAACUAUGUUACCCGGAGAAACGUCUGAAGCGAAACGAAAUAUUGGGCCGUGUUUGGUGAUCGAACUGGCUGAACCAAUGCGCUGCGUUGCCCCGGGUCAGUGGGCUGCUCUCUACGAUGGAAAUUGUUGUAUCGGUGGAGCUGUGAUUUGCGGUUCGAUCAGUUUGUGGGAUGAAGGACAGCGCGAACCGUACACCGACUGGAAACUAACUAAUUAUGAGCUCCAUUAUUAG